AUGUCCGCCGACGCCCCCAAGCUCGAAACCUCCGCCCAGGAGCAGCAGCAGCAGCAGCACGCGCAAGACCACCAAGACGACCAAGCCUCCAUCACCUCCAAGCCCGGCCAAGACAACAACAACGAUAACACCACCGGCGCCGACGGCGAGGAAAAGCCCGCCAAGCCCAACCCGCUCAAGAAGCUCGGCGCCGUGUUCAAGACCGUCUUCGCCUGCCUGCGCAAGCCGGCCGUGCGCAACGAGGACGACGAGGCUGCCGCCAAGGCGCAGGAUCGUGAUGCCGCUACUGGUGCUGGUGCCGGUGCCGGUGCCGCGGGGGGUGAUGAUGACGAUGAGGAGGAUCUGAAGAAGGGGGGUGCUGGUGCUGGUGCUGCGGAUGCGGUGGAGAGCCAUGGGCCUGUGGUCUCGGGCCAGCCGCCUGUGAUUGAGCAGGGGGUGUUGACGUCGGGGGGUGAGCAGAUGAAGGAGGGGGCGCCGCAUUCGUAG